UUGGCCAUUGUCGGAAGAGAGGAUACUGGGCUAGAUGGACCUUUUGGUCUGACCUGGUAUGGCCGUUCUUAUGGUCUUCCAGAACUUCAGACCUAUGAUGGUUACAAACCUUUGUCUCAUUUCAGGCCUAAACUUGUUGAUGGACAGUUUAAAACCAUUUGUUGUGCCAACAUUGGUCCUUAACUAAAAUAACUCCUUCCUCCCUGGUGUUUAUCCCACUGAUGUAUUUACAGAGAUCAGUCACAUCUCCCCUCAGCCUUCACUUUGUUAGGCUAAAUGAGGCAAGCUCCUUAAGUCUCCCCUCAUAAGGUAGGUUUUCCAGUCAUCUGAUCAUCCUAGCAGGCUUUCUCUGCACCUGUUCCAGUUUGACUGCAUCUUUCUAGAACAUGGGAGACUGGAAUUGCAUGACAUAUUCCAGAUGAGCCCUCACCAGUGCCUUGUACAAUGGUAGUUCUAAAAGGGGGUGGAUCUGGCUGUCCCUGACCCUGGAUCACUGUCUAGCCAUGGACAGGCCUUCCCUCUUCUCGCCCAAGUCUUAACUGUGAGAGUCCUGCCUUGUGGUGUGACUGGAGGUUCUGAGAUCGCGGUCCCUUGUCCUAAAGCACUUGGAUGCCCGGAUGGAAGGCAGUGGAGAUGGGACCUGGCUCCGAGAUGCAGGGAGAUGGGAUGUGUUUAUUUCUGUGACUGUCCCUCUGACCAGCUCUCCCGACCCCAGCAGGUCCGUGCUGCGCGUGAGUCAUGGCCAGCAACGUUACCAACAAGACAGACCCACGCUCCAUGAACUCGCGUGUAUUCAUUGGGAAUCUCAACACGCUGGUGGUGAAGAAGUCUGACGUGGAGGCGAUCUUCUCCAAGUACGGCAAAAUUGUGGGCUGCUCUGUGCACAAGGGCUUUGCCUUUGUGCAGUACGUCAACGAGCGGAAUGCCCGCGCUGCUGUGGCUGGGGAGGAUGGCCGGAUGAUCGCAGGCCAGGUUCUAGAUAUCAACCUUGCGGCUGAGCCGAAGGUGAAUCGAGGCAAGGCAGGCGUGAAGCGGUCGGCAGCGGAGAUGUACGGGUCAGUAGCUGCACCACCUUCUCCGUCCCCUCUAGUCAGGUCCUCCUUUGACCUGGACUACGAUUUCCAGCGGGAUUACUAUGACAGGAUGUACAGCUACCCAGCACGCGUGCCCCCACCUCCCCCCAUCGCUCGGGCUGUGGUGCCCUCCAAACGCCAGCGUGUCUCUGGCAACACCUCCCGCCGAGGCAAGAGUGGCUUUAAUUCCAAGAGUGGUCAGCGAGGAUCGUCCUCCAAGUCUGGUAAAUUGAAAGGUGAUGACAUCCAGACCAUUAAGAAGGAGCUGACCCAGAUCAAACAGAAAGUGGAUUCACUGUUGGAGAGCCUGGAAAAGAUCGAGAAGGAUCAAAGUAAACAGACGGAGAUGAAGAACGAGAAAUCUGAGGAGGAGCAGAGCAGCAGCUCCAUGAAGAAGGAGGAGAGCAACGUGAAGAUGGAGUCUGAGGCUGGGGCAGAUGACUCUGCCGAGGAGGGGGACCUGCUGGAUGAUGAUGAUAAUGAGGAUCGAGGGGAUGACCAGCUGGAAUCCAUCAAGGGUGACGAGAAGGAGGCAGAGGAAGGAGAGGACGACAGAGACAGUGCCAAUGGUGAAGAUGACUCCUAAACCACUGGUGCAAUCCCCCCAGCAAGGCGCCCACCUGAGAUUGAGCCUGUCACCAGCCCCUCCCCAGCCUCCUUCUCACUGCCCACCCACGUGUUCAUGGUGUUGUCUCCUGCCGCACCCCUAGCUCGCCCCAUAGUUCUGUUAAAUCCCUUGUAAUUUUCCUCUUUUAAUUUUGAUACCUCUAUGAUUUAACAAUUAAAAAAAAAAGUAUGGUUUUUA